CAAUCUAAAGGUUGUUCUAAAUAUUCAGUGGGUUAUACUUAGUACGCAUUUUGGCGCCAAGGAAUUGCAUCAUUUUAAUGUAAUUUCCCUGGCAAUGGUCCAAUCUAAUUGUCGAUGUUUCUGUUAGUGUUGGGUACGGAGAGUGAGAAGCAGUAAGGAGGGCGGCCCGUUUCCAAAAAAAUAAGGGAUUUUUCAUCUUCAUUACCAGAGUUUGUGGCGCUUGUCCCACACGCUACAAAACUUUUUCGCUGGCGUUUUGAGGAUUUGUGCGCUGCGUUCGGAGACAGCAUAGCGGCAUAGAUCUGUUUCUACAGGAUACAGACAUGGGACAAAAACAUCGGAGUUUAGGACUUGUGUGGGUUGUAGUAUUUUCACUGACCGUAUUUGUUCGAGUGGGAUUUUCGGAGGACUACCAAGCGCAUGUGGGACCGCGGAACAACCUAUUUCUUCAGCGGGUGAAGCGUCAGAACAGACCAAACAGACCGGAGCUGAAGGUGACGGACUUCCACGUGCGCUGCGCGGUGGUUUCCCGCUACGCGGCCACAACGGUGCAGAGCUCUGUGUGGAACACGCUGCCCGUGACCAAGGAGGCCGCCUUCGAGGUGGACCUGCCCUCCUCCGCCUUCAUCUCCAACUUCAGCAUAACCUCCAAUGGAAAGGUGUACGUGGCGCAGGUUCAGGAGAGGAGCGCAGCGAAGAAGAUUUACGAUGCGGCGAAGAAGAAAGGAAAGACAGCAGGGCUCGUGGCCACCAAGGAGCGGGAGGUGGAGAAGUUCCGGGUUGCUGUGAGCGUGCCGUCAGGCGCCCGCCUGUCCUUCUCCCUCACCUACGAGGAGCUGCUGCCCCGGCGCCUGGGCCGGUACGAGCUGGUGCUGGGCCUGCGGCCCGGCCAGCCCGUUCAGAACCUCUCGCUGGAGGUGAGCGUGGCGGAAAGAUCCGGAAUCAGCUUCAUCCGCGCCCUGCCCCUCAGGGCCAACCGCCUGCUCUCCAACACUGUCUCAGGUGAGGCGGAGGCUCCUCCAUCCACUCAGGUGGUGCAGACACCCCGCUGCGCCCAGGUGCGCUACACCCCAACCCUGCAGCAGCAGACCAGCUCCUCUCCGAAGGGCCUGAAUGCCGACUUUGUCAUCCACUAUGAUGUGGAGCUCACAGACCUCAUGGGGGACGUGCAGAUUUACGAUGGAUACUUUGUGCACUACUUCGCCCCGCGGGGACUUCCUGUCGUACCCAAGGAUGUCAUUUUUGUGAUUGACAUCAGCGGGUCAAUGAUUGGCACCAAAAUUAAGCAGACCAAGCAGGCCAUGGCCACCAUCCUGAGUGACCUACGGGAGGGAGACCAUUUCAACAUCAUCACCUUCUCCGACAAGGUACUCACCUGGAAGAAGGGCGGGGCGGUGCAAGCCACACGGCAGAACGUGCGUGAAGCCAAGGAGUUUGUAAAGAAAAUCAGUGCUGAGGGGUGGACCAACAUUAAUUCGGCUCUGCUCGCCGCGGCCAAGCUGGUGAACGUGCCCGCGCCCGGGGCGGGCGUGCGGGGGUCGGGGGUCAGGCGCGUGCCCCUGGUGAUCUUCCUGACGGACGGCGAGGCCACGGCGGGCGUGACGUCGGGCGAGGCCAUCCUGCGCAACGCGCGGCAGGCGCUGGGCUCGGCCUCGCUGUUCGGCCUGGCCUUCGGCGACGACGCCGACCUGCCCCUGCUCCGCCGGCUGGCCCUGGAGAACCGGGGCGUGGCCCGCACCGUGUACGAGGACGCCGACGCCGCGCUGCAGCUCAAGGGCUUCUACGACGAGGUGGCCAGCCCGCUGCUCUCCGACAUCCAGCUCGCCUACCUGGACGACCGCGCCUACGACGUCACCCGCGCCCUCUUCCCAAACUACUUCCAGGGCUCGGAGCUGGUGGUAGCCGGGCGGGUCAAGCCGGGGGUGCGGGACCUGAAGGUGUCGCUGACCGCCACCGACUCGUCUCAGAGACUGAGGCUGGAGAACGAAGUGUCGGCGGGCGGGGAGGAGGGGAACGGCACGGAGGCGGCACUGGAGUGCCCCGGGGGGAAUGCCCACGGGGGAAUCUCCAGCUUCGUUCGGCGCCUGUGGGCGUACUUCACCAUCAAAGAGCUCCUGCAGGCCAAGCUGAACAGCACCGACCCGCCCACUCAGCGCCUGCUGGGCGAGAAGGCCACCAACCUCUCGCUCAAGUACAACUUUGUCACGCCCGUCACCUCGCUGGUGGUGGUGAAACCGGACGCAGACGAGAAGAGCUCCACCCCCAGCCCCUCCACGACGACCCCCUCCCCCACUACCACCACGCCGCCCACCCAGGGCCCCCUGCCUGUCGCCAGGACUGUCCCCCCAAACACUGGCGCCGGCAAAAAGCUCACGUCACCCUCCGGCCCCCGGACCGGGAAAAGCAAACCGGAGAGUGGCCCCGACACCACAGGGCGGCCCCAUCCCGGCAGGCUCUCCACCACCCCCGGGCCCAACACCGCUCCUCCCCUACUGCCCAAAAAGAGCACCCCCCCUCCAUCUGCCCCCGCCAAAACCGGCCCUGUGCCCCUCUCAGGGAAAACCUCCAUCCCACCUGCCCCCAAAACUACCCCCAUUCCCCUCAGCCCCCCUGCCAAAACGGCACCUCCAGCCCCCAGUGGGAAAACCUCUUCCCCUCCCCCCGGUUCUGCUAAAUCUGCCCCCCCACCCGCAGCUGGGACCACCCCCCUCCCGUCCUCCUCCCAGCCCGAAAACGGGACAGCGUCCCCCACCGAUGCCCGCCACCCCCUCCUCACCACCCUCAUCCUCUCGGCCCUCGCCCAGUCCACCCCCCCGCCCGACCCUCACCCCAGGACCCUCGAGGUUGCCACGUUCAUCGCUGCCACCUUUGUGCCCAUGCCGGGGUCCACCGAUGGCCCCAAACUGUGGGAGGCAGCCGGGCUCCUGGAUGUGUCCACUGCCAUUGAGCUUUCCAUGGAAGAUAUGGACCUUGUCAAAGAUUAUGAUGCAAACUAUGACUACGACUAUGACCUCGUCAGCAGUUAUGAUACUCCGGAUAGUUCAGACAAUUUUGGCAGCAGCAGCCUUUCCAGCAAGACCUCCCAGAGAAUUUUCUCCUCCUCAGUGGACGGAGAUCCCCACUUUGUGGUUCGGAUCCCCCAGUCGGAUGAGAACCUGUGCUUCACUGUCGACGGAGAGGCCAAUGACGUGCUGCGUCUACUGGAGGACCCAGAGAAAGGCAUUAUCGUGGACGGCCGCCUGGCAUGGGCACCCUCAAAGCAUGGGUUCGAGGACCGGAGCCGCACCUACUUUGACCAGCUCACCAUCUCCGUGCCCACGAGCGGGGGCAUGGUCGUCACGGUGACACUGGGCUCCGUGGUGCUGGAGGGGGAGGGGCGGGAUCUGCUGCUGACGGACAGGCCAGGGUCAGUGGUGAGGCAGGGCCUGAGGGUUGCCAUCGAUGACCACCUGCGCUGCUGGGUUGAGCUGGGACCGGGCCUGCGUUUCCUGGUCCUCUUCCAUCACUACAAACACCCCACCUACCUCCAGAUCGCUCACGUGGGGUUCUACAUCGCCGACGGCCAGGCGCUGUCCCCCCUCACACAGGGGCUCCUGGGCCAGUUCCAGCAUGCUGACAUGGAGGUGACCCGGACCGAGGGCCAUUCAGCAGGCCCCGGCCCCCAGGCCCCGGGGCCCGAGGUGAGGCGCCUGGCGGAGGGUGUGCUGAGGAGCGGGGGCGUGCGGGUGCCUGUCAGCCUGCAGGAGAAGCACCUGAAGGACUCCGUGCACAAGCGCCACCCGGGCAGCUGCUGGAUGCUCCCCAGGGCAGAGCUGCACACCCUGCUGGGCCACCCGUACCACAGCUACGUGGUGGGUCACGUCUGA